AUGAUGGAACCGAUGAACCGUUGUCGAAGUAUUUUAUUGCAAGUACAAGAGCGUUUAUCUGAUGAUGAUCGCAAAAAAUUACAUUUUCUAGUUGGUGAUAUUAUUCCACGUGGAUUACGUGAUGAUCCAUCAAUAGGUGGUACAUUAAAUUUGUUAGAAGCAUUAUUCGAUAGAGGAAAAAUUUCGUCCCAAGAUUUUAGUUAUUUAAUUGAAGUAUUUGAGACAAUUGACUGUUCUGAUGCCGCAAAUCGUUUAAGAGGUAUUUAUUGGUAUCUUUUCACAAUAACACAAUCAUAUCAAAUAUAUAUUUGGAACAUUUAG